AUUUAUUAAAAAGCCUGACACCUACAGAAAACUGAAACUCAAACUCACGAAUUAUGACCAAAAAUUAUUUUCACAUUGAAAAAAAUGUUCAGAUGCUCGGCAAGUUUAAAUAUUUAUGAAUCAUUGUUUUAAAAAUAAACAGAUGUGUAUGUAAUGUGCAAAAAUAUUCCCAAUUUUUAAAUAAUUUUCUCUUAUUCGACUAGAAAAAAACAAAAACCAAACAAGACAUGAAUCAUGAAGUAUUAAAAAAAGCGAAAGAAGAUGAAAAGAAUUUGCGUCCUUUCAUUGCGUUUGAGCAACUACAAAGAAUCAACACCGAUAUUUGCUAUGUUCAAGAUUGGUAUUCUAAAGCAUCAUGGAUCAAUAAAUUGAAAUUCUGCACAAGAUUGUUUGAGGUUUUAAAAGACGGUGUUCAUGUGAUUGACUUGGUCUAUUUCAUUGGUUCACCUGAAAAAGAUCUCACAUACAGUAAAGAACAAAAUGCCAAAUGUUCUUACGAUAUUCAACCACUCGACCAUAACAGAAGUUUAUCAGAUGAACAUUUAGUUAAAAUGAGGAGGUAUUAUGUCAAUUGGUUUAAGUCUUUACCAGACUAUCAACAGAUUCCAGUUUUUAUUAGUCUGUUACAUAUGGGUGGAAGUCUCCUUCAAGAAAGUAUAUACCAAAUGGGCGUGAAUGUUUUGAAGCAAAAGGAAGAAUUGAUAGCAAUGGAAUUAGAAAAUGACAAAAAGCUAGAGGAAGCUCGCAAAAAAUUGGUAAAAAUUGAGAACAGAUUGAAUGCAAAAUUUAGAAGGAAGAAAAGGAAGUUCACAAAAAAAGAUAGGAAGAAAUUAACUGUUCAAAAUUCAGCUUCAGCUCCUCCAGUAGAAACAAAGCAUCCAUCAAAAACUUCAAUAGAUACACAAAUAAUAACAUCAGAAGGAUUGAUGAAAGGUGGACGAUUGAUCGAUAUUUUUUUAGGUCCAAGACAAAAUGCAAAAGCAAAGUUAGAACUUACACGAUUACAGCAGCAGUGGGCUAAAAUUUCAACCGACAUAGAAACAACUAGCGUAAAAGCGCAAAGUACAUUGUACCCAGACAGAGUCCAAAUGCUACCAAUUUGGGUGAACAGGAAAAUAAUUCACCAGUUGCCUGAGAGUUCAUACCAAACACUGAGCAGAGUAAACAGCUAUUGGAGGGAAAUGAUAACACAAGUUAGAAAAGAGAAACGAGCAAGAAAAACUAUAGACUUUGCUGCAUUAUCAAUAGAAUCUUCAGCACCUGUCUAUCGAAUAAAUUUUCAAGUAUUGUGUAAGGAGGAUAAAAACGGGAAAAGAGUGCAUAAAUUGAAAAAAAUCCAUUCUCAAACUAACCAGCAUAGUAAAAAGUUGGUCAAAGCCAGGGUAAUGACAACUACUGGAGCUUUUAGCACUAUUGUGCCGGAAGAUGAAAUUAAACGAGCUAAAUUUUCUGACUAUUAUUUAACUAUUGAAAAAGAGUCCAAAUUUUCUGUAGACAAAUGUACUCUCAGCGUGAUCAGUACUGAUUAUGGAUUAAAUAGAAGUGGGGUAGCUUCACAGCGUUGGAUAGUAAUUGCAGAUCAAAAUGGUUUGAAAUUUCACUGUACCAAAACAGGAGCCCCUUCAACGAUUGCCAUACAUGACUGUCACAUUGACCCUAUAACAUGUCUUGCUUUACAUCCUAACAACUACCAGAUCUUCACUGCCAGCUUUGAUGGAAAAAUCAAAUUGUUCGAUAUUUGGAGCAAACAGUGUAAAUUGACAUAUUCCGGCCAUAAGAACAUAAUAAUUUCAAUUGAAGCAAACAGUUCCUAUCUUGUCUCGUGCUCAGCAGAUUUACAGUUGAAAAUUUUUAGAAUCGACAGUGCAGCCUGCAUCCUAACGCUCGAACUUCAGGAAGGAUUACCAACGAAACUAUGUGUGGAUGAAGAAAAUUCCGUUUACAUUGGCAAUGUAAAUGGAAAAGUGGUGAUGGUCAGGUUUAAUGAUCAUGGCACUGCUUUGUUAGAAAAAGAUCUUAUGUAUGGGGUAAUUGUACAUGCUCAUUGUGGUGAAAUCACUUGUCUAAGUACUUAUCCUUUAUUUGUGAUAUCUGGUGGUAUUGAUGGUUAUGUAAGAAUCUGGGAUGCCGACCUGAAUGAUCCACACAGUAUUGGAUCUUAUAAGCAUAAAACGAGGGUCAACAGUGCGGUUGUGUCAUUUUUAAAACUUUUCACCGCAUGUGAAGAUGGUGAACUUUACAUAUGGAAUGUUGAGAAAUGCAUUGUUUUAAAACAAAUGACUAUCAAUACAAAUGGUAGACCGAUUGUUAACAUGUACUGCUUAGAAGAGCACUUUUUCAUUAAAUUGGUUCUAUUCAACGAAUUGGACAUAAAAUUGUUAGAAAUUGAUUUGCCAUGGAAAUCAUGUGAAGAUUUUAAGAGGCCUAAGUUUUCAGCGGCUAAAUCUAUUGAACACACAAAACGACUCAGGGACAUGGAUCCAAAAAUGACAAGAGAAGACAUUCAAAUGCUGAAACUUCAUUACAGAAAUACCAUACUUGAAAAUUUAAGGGGCACCUCGACUAAAGAACGGACUGAAGAUCAAAAACCGACAAUUUAUUCAACAGCAGUGGAUGAAAUAAACGAGGUAAAAAGCUUUCCGCGGUAUUAUAAAACGGAAAAGUCGCAAACAACCUCCAAUUUUAAAUAUUACAAGCCUUCAAUUUCUGUAGAAUCGAAAUUCAGCCAACAAUAAAUUUCAUGAGAUAAGAUUUUGA